AUGGAAUAAUAAUAAAAUGAAUAGGCUUAAUCAAUAAGAAUAGAAGAACCUGUAUAUAAACUGACCACUAAAUUGAUGAAAACAUGCAAUCCCAAGUAAGAGAGUUUAAGACAUCUAUGACAGGACUUUAGAUAAGAAAUACCUUAAAGACUUCAAAAUCAAAACCAACGAGACACUUGUGAAUUUGAAUAACACUAAAUUGGAUCCCUAAUCUCCCAAAACUAGCAAGGCUUUACAGGAUUUAAACAUCUAUUCCAAUUAAUUGGAAUUGCUGUAAAAUUAAUCCUUUUUAACCUUAGUGAUAAAUCAGAAUUUAAGAAAAACGGAGAAUCCGAAGAGUUAACUGAGAAGAGAUAUUGGCUGCACUACUUCUAAGUUGCCCAAAUUAAAAAGUCUGUGAUAUUAUAAAGAAAUAAAUACAAAAGAGAAGAAUGGAUUGAGAAAUAGUAACGUCCCAAAUCAAUCCAAACUUUAGAUCAAAGCAUGAAUAGCAGUAUUAAUAUAAGUGAAUAUGCUCCUUAUAAAAGUCCAACUGAAAUGAUUGAAAGUUGGAUAGAUACUCAAGUAUAAUCGAGUGAUCGCCAAUUAUUAAAAUUCAACAAACUAUAAUAAGUAAUUAUCUUAGUUAUAAGUAAAAAGAAAAGGAAAGAAUUAGAAGAUUAGACUUAAGAAUAAUAAGAGAAGUAUAAAGAGAAACUUGAGGUAAUAUUGGAGAAGAAGAAAAAGAAUAGAUUAAAAAAUUUAAAUUAAAAAUCUGAAAUCGCAAGAAAAGAUGUGUCUAAAAGCUUAGAAGUUUCCACAAAGAUGAAAACAGUUAUCCAAGAAGAGAAAUAUAAAAAUGCUUAGGUCAAGAAACUAUAGACAGAAUAAAAUAUAGAAAAAGCGUAAUUAAUAUAUCAAUAUACUUAUUAGAUAAAAAAGGGUUGACCAAAUUAAGUAAUCAUAUGUAGAUGUAUUAGAAGAAAAACAAAGGAUAUAUGAAGAAAAGUUAUAGUAAGUCUUGAGAAAAAAAGAUGAAUAGGACUAAUAAUUGAUGCAAAGCAGAUUAAAGGAAAUAUAAACUGAAAGAACUCGUAAAUCAACCAAAAAAAUAAGAAAAUCUGAUGAAUGGUCGUCAAAAUUACCUUUAUUAAUUAGUAGAAGCGAAGCUUAAUUUUAGAAUGUAUAUAACUCAAAUUUAGCUUCAGUUAUAGAAAAAUUUCAUAAUGAAGAGAAAAAGAAAAUUAAAUAUCAUAAAUCUUAAGAAUUAGAAAAAGAACACAUUGAAGAGGUUAAAUAAAAAGAAGAACAAUUUAAAAAACGAUAUUCAGAUAAACUAAAAUUAUUUGAGUAUUUUAUUAUAAUUAUUAAUAAGGGAGAAAAGAUAGAAAAUAGAAGACAAAUUUGCCAAAAAGAAUCAAUACUUAGUUGAGCAUAAAUAAAAAAAAAAAGAAGAAUUGGAUGAGAAAUUUGAUAAAAUUAGAGAAUUGAGUGCUGAAAAUUUGGGAAGAUUCAUACAUAUCAAAUAAGAAUAUAACAAUAAAUGCGAUAAGCAAAUGGAUAGAGAAUAAAAGAAAUUUAAAUAAAAUAUGAGUCUCUUGAAAUAAAGAGAACAGAUAAUUGAGUAGUUACGACAUAAACGAUUCUUGGAAAAGCAUAAACCUUUGACUUUGUCUUAAGACACUACAUCAAAACAUAGCGAUAGUAAACUUCAAGCAUGA